CUUUUAUUUAGCCCUAAUUUUUUCCCUUCAAAUCCCAGCCCUAAAUUCGUCACACCAAUUAUUAUUCGAUCUCUGAUUCAAUCUCUGAUUUCACCAUCUUUCAUUUCAACUAAGGGUUCCAGUUCUCACUCCAUCGUCUCUGGUUUCACCAUCAUCUCACCCAGAAGCAACACAUUUCACCGGUUCAUCAUCAGUUUCAGGCUACAAUUCAGGUCCUUUGUAGGCCAGAUUUCAUUGUUCUCGAACACUAUCUGCUUGGUAAUUGUAGUUGAGGUUCAUCUCUACGGCAAUGGAUGACGAUGCAUCCCGCCGCAUGUCUACUCGAGCUCGUAAAGUUGCGCCUAAAAUGGCAGCUGCACUUGCCAGCACUGAUAAUCGAACUCAGGCAAUUCUCGCUCGUCUUGAAGCGCUCGAGAAUGAUAAUCCUGGAGCUGAAGUCGUAGAACCUAACGAUGAUGAGGAUGCUUCCCUUGAUGAAGAUGAUGAUCUAGUGUUUCAUAAGAAGCAUUCCAAAGGUACCAAACGUAAAACUCGCCAAGCCAAAGCACUUGAGACGGCAAAGAAAGCUCCGCGGACGUUCCUUGAGCUCUUGCAUGAUGCAAACCUGGAAUCGUUACCCCCACAUGUACCCUCAUAUUUGAGAGCAGCAGUUGGGCCUCCAAGCUCCACAUGUCGCCGUCAUUUUUGCACCGUUUGUGGUUUCUCUGCAAAAUAUACAUGUGUAAGGUGUGGGAUGCGUUUUUGUGCUGUCCGGUGCCAGACCAUUCAUAAUGACACGCGCUGUCUCAAAUUUGUCGCGUAGACCAGUGAAAAAAGCUACUGAAAGAAACCUUUUUAUUUCAGAAAAUGUCAAUGUAACUUGUGUUGACUUCCAUAGGUUUCCCAGCAUGUUGUAUGCCUUAGUAAAAUUUACAUCCUAGCAUACAUGAUGAUCUUAGUUGCUAUAUAACUUGGAGGUGAUGAUCAAAAGACUCAUUUUUUAGUA